GAAUAACGUCAUUUCCGCCAUAGGAAGAAGAGAGACCCCUAGUCAGGCUCCUCUCUGAACCUUUCCCUUCAAAUCUGUUUUUUGACCCCUGAGAACCUCUCUCCCCGAUCGAUCGAAGAAAGAAGCAGAAAGAGCCCGAAUAAUCGCAAAAUUUUUCACCUUUAUACACCAUGUUCUCGUGAUUGAUUCUCUCUUUCCCUCGUCUUCGAUCCAGGUAGUUUGUCGUCUGUGAACAAAAACCCUAAUUGUCAUUUCAAGGAGGAUCUCCUGUUAGAUUAGAACAAAGCUCCUCUUAAUUCUGUUCUUAUUUGGAUUCGGUGGGAGCUGAAUUUCGUGUCUUUUCCUCACCGAGUAUAUAAUCAUUUCUCCUGUAUCUUGCAAGUUGCAAGCUGUUUAACGGGCUGCUACAUGUACCAUCUACGCCCUUUCCACGAAUUUUACUGAUUUAUUCUCUCUUUCUCUCUUGUCUUCGAUCCAGGUAGUUCUUCAUCUGUGAGCAAAAACCCUAGUUUCCAUCCAUGGAGGAUCUCCUGUUAGAUUAGAACGAAGCUCCCUCUAAUUCUGGUGUAUUUCGUUCUAGUUGAAGCUUAAUUUCGUCUUUCCUACACGUAUUAUAUAAUCAUUUCUCCUGUAUCUUGCAAGUUGCAAGCAUGGAUUCUGAUUUGUUUAACGGGCUGUGAUAUGUACAUACCUAUACGUCACUGUCGCGAAUUAUACUGAAGGAGGACUUUGCUAGCUGCUGGGCACUGGACAGUUUAUGUCGACAAUGGAGUUUUGACGGUUUUGAAUUUUCGGCGGCGACGGGCCUUGUUGAAUGAGUUGGAUAUUGCUUUGAGAUAGGUUCUAGAGUAGAUUUGAUAACUUCGAUGGACGAGGUUUUAGUGAGGGCGGUGGAUAAGCAGGGAUUGGCCUUCUGCUUGCACUAAAUGAUUUGGUUUUAUCUGUAUCCUUUACUGGGUUACGUGUUGGGAGUAGCAGAGCAUUCAUUAAAUUUAUUCCUUAGUCCCUUGUGGACUUAGGAGGCGUUUUGGCUGCUGACAUUUUUUUUCGUGGAGCUGAAUUUAGAGGAUGAGCUUGUAUAACCGAGCCACAUAAGUGAUAGCGGUUCUUUUUCUGGUUGAUAUCUGGGUUUUCAUCUACUUUAGUUAGCAAAGUUCUUCAGUCGAGCGUUUAAAAAUGAGCUUAGAAAACGAAGAGAAAAGCUUCUGCGAUCAGUCAACUCAUCAUGAAUUGCAGAAGAAGUCGAAAAUCUCGUAUACAAGAGAAUUCUUAUUAUCGUUGAGUAAAUUGGAUAUUUGCAGAGAGUUGCCCAAUGGAUUUGACCCAUCAAUUCUAAGUGAAUUCGAAGAUGCUUCCCUGGAACGACAGAGAGAAACUGGAGGUUUGUCAAAUCAUAAUUUCAGGCGUCACGAAUAUGGUUCAUCCCCUCCCACUAGAGGAGAUAUGAAUAGCUAUUCACGAGGAGUUCAUGGAAGAUGGGAAUCUCGUUCUUCUGGACGGUCUGAUAGAGAUAGUGACUCUCAAUCUGAAUGGGAUGCAGAUUCUGGAAGACGUUUUGGCAGCCAAUCUCGGAGGUCUUGGCAAGGUCCUGAACAUGACGGACUUCUGGGUAGUGGUACUUUUUCAAGACCACCAGGAUAUGCGCCUGGAUUGUCUGGUUCAAAGUUUCGAGCUAAUGACCCCCACCAACUAAACCGCUCAAAUGAGCCAUAUCAUCCUCCUCGCCCUUAUAAGGCACCUCACUCACGUAGGGACAGUGACUUGUAUAAUGAUGAAACUUUUGGUUCUUCUGAGUAUACCAGUGAGGACAGGGUAGAAGAGGAGAGAAAAAGAAAAGCUUCUUUUGAAUUGAUGAGAAAGGAACAGCAGAAAGCUUUCCAAGAAAAGCAGAAGUUGGGCCUGGACAAGAAUAAAGAUGAAUUUGACAUUACUUCACUCCUAGAUGAUAACGAGAAAAGACUAAUUGGUAGAAGCAAUGAGUCAGUGGAACCUCCUGUGGCUCUGUCAGCUUUAAGCAAUGAUUUUGAGAAGUCUUCUUUACUUGUGCACGCUCCUACAGCGACAAGACCACUUGUACCCCCUGGUUUCAAGAGCUCAGUUUUGGAGAGAAAUUUGGCAUCAAAAACAUCAGCAAACACUGACGCAACGGAGGUUGGACAACCUGAAGUCGGGGAUGCCAAAGGUAAUCAAGUAUUAAAUGUCAAUUCUGAUAAUGCUGAAGUUAAGUCUUCAACCAAGAAAUUAGAUAUGGAUCAGCAACAUCAGGGAAGUGCAAGUCUAAAUGUGUCACUUAACAACGAGAAAGAAAAGAUUCUAAAUUCAUCAUCAGCUGUGGAUGCUCCAGACGUAAAGAUGGGAAAAGGUUAUCAGUUGAGGAAGAAGUCUGUUCUUUCUGAAGCCUUAGAAGCAUCAGAUGACAGGGAAGUUAUUCAACUUAAUACUGAGACCUCCAGAACUUUAAAUCAGGAUGAUUCAAAUUCUGUCCUGGACAAGCUUUUUGGCAAUGUGUUAACAUUAAAUAGUAGCAACGUAAUGAAUGCUGAGCUGCCUGAUCACAAAGCAGAUGAAACAUGGAGUCCUCAUGCAUCCCAGUCUUCCAAGUUUGCACAUUGGUUUAUGGAAGAAGAAAAGAAGCCAGUGGAAGAAUCCACACAUAGGUCAAAUGACUUGCUUUCACUGAUUGUUGGGGGUGAAAAAGGUGCAUUGCGAGUUCCUUUUACAAAGACACCACAGCACAGAGCACCUGAUUUUCCUUUCCCAAAUGCAGAUCCUGCAAGUGGUAGUGUAGCCUAUACUACUGUUGGCUUAAUGGAGCAACCUGAUUGUUCCAGCAGUUCUGACCAUUCUACACUGGAAGACAUGGAACCAAAUUCUACUCCAAAUAUGGAUUCUGCAGACCAAGCACAUAACAUUGAAGGAGCCAUCACGAGUAAUGUGUCUAAUAAUUUAGGAGAGGCAAAUACUGAUGCUCCUGAUUCUUCAAAGAGUUUGACCCUGGAAACACUUUUUGGAACAGCUUUUAUGAAGGAGUUGCAGUCAGUUGGAGCACCGUUAUCCAUUCAGAGUGCUUUAGUUGGAUCUUCUGGGUCUGAUGUUUCUGAAACUCUUCAAUUUCCUUUCCCAGUCUCAGACAAUGGCCUCCCUCCUAAAGGUGAAGUUGCAUUGAACAGGCAAGGAAGUGGCGUGCUGCCAUCAGAAAAAAUUCAUCAACUCAAACCUAGUAGUAGAUUUGAAGAGCAGUUGUCUGGGUUUGUUGAUUUUCAGGGAGAUGGUAAUUCAUCACGACUUCAAGGUGAUCUUUCCAAGACUGGUGGUUUUAACAGGCCUACUGAUAUCUGCCUUCCAGAAGAAGAUAAUUUGAUGGCAGUUGGUGAUCCCCUCCAAAAAAUUUUAUCUGCUGGUAAUUCAGCUAAAAAUGAGUUGUCCCAAGACAUACCAGUUGACAUUGCCGGAAAACUGGCAGCUCUGGGUCCUGCAUUUAGAGAUCAAUAUCCUGUUAUCGGAAAUCAAGGUCCGGCAUAUCCUCAUAGUCCUUACGAUACAAGGGAACCUGGAAUUCCCUAUCAGAAUGUUAAUGUCCAUAAAUCUCCACAGCUCCAUCCCUCUCAGUUAAAUCAAAUGGGUCCAAUGUUCAACCAGUUGGAUUCUCAACUUCCUCAUAUUAGUUCUCAUAUGAAAAUGAUGACACCAGAGCGCAUGGUUCACCAUGACGCUCCUCCAAACCAUCAGAUUCCAAGAAACAUGCUUCGUCCUCCUUUCCAUCAACCUAGUAGCGGGCUAACUGGGUUCAACCAUGCUGCUCAUCCUUCUGUGUUACAGCAGAUGCAAAUGCCGAGGAAUCUUCCUCCGCCUAGCAUGUUACAAGGGUUCCCAUUGGGCGUCUCACCACCUGCUCAUCCCAGCAAUCCAUUGCCUGGUUUCAUGCAGGAGUCGCAUGCUAUGCAGGGCUUCCCGUUUAGUGGUCACCAGCAACAUUUUGGUGGACCCGGGAUGUCAAUGGCAGCUCCUGAUGGUGGUGGACGAAAUCACCCGGAGGCAUUACAGAGACUUUUUGAGAUGGAAAUGAGGCAGAAUUCAAAGCCGCCGGUGCACCACCCGUUUUCUGGUGGACAGAGCCAGGGAAUGUAUGGCCAAGAGCUGGACCUGGGUUUUGGGUAUAGAUAG